AUGAUAAUUUUUCUACCAUCCCAAACAUACGCAAAUCAGCUAUGCGAACUACCCCCGGAGCUAGGCUGGGAAAGCAUAGGCUGUCAGCUGACACAGUUUGCAUUAGCUGAAAAUUGGCUAACACAUCUGCCCGAUGAAUUCUGCCUUCACCUGAAAGACAAGCUGAGUGACCUGGAUCUCACGAAUAACCGGCUUAAUGACCUGCCAUUCGGUAUGCAAAAAUUCACUCAGAUGCCGCUGGCCCAUCAAUACGAUGGCUUGAAGAAGCGAGGCCUCUGGCUGACGGGCAACCCUAUGGCCAAGAUACCUAGAAGCGUUUGGCAGACAGAUAGAACAGCAGCACUGUUUGAGUACUUAAAAGUAAGACCAAAAUUCAAGACAUAG